CUUUGCACAUCGGAUUUAUUCAAUACACGAGGUGUUUUAAUUUCGAACCCUGUCCAAUUCAUCAAGAUAACACCCGGCUAGUACAAAUGGAUAGAAUGUGUCUACAUUAAAUAACUCGAGUAGUCGUGUACAAUAUUAUGCGAAAGUGAAAUCGGAUUUAUUUUGUUUAGCAAUAAAAUCGAUUGUAUUGAAAUAAACGUGUGUGGAUCUAUCACAAAUAAUACCGUGUUUAAUUAAACAAAAAGUGACAAACGAGGGGAAUGUAGCAUAGAAGGACUUAACUGUGAUUGAAAUCAUACUAGACAAUCAUCAGCGGGAUAUAUGAAGGCCUUACAACGCGGACGUCACACGAGCGGCGAUGUAAUAGAACGCUGACGUCUCACGAGCGGCGACGUAAUAGAACGCUGACAUCUCACGAGCGGCGACGUAAUAGAACGCUGACGUAACACGAGCGGUGACGAAAUGGCCGCCGUUUUGGACGAGCAGUGGAUAGGGAUCCAGGAGACGACGUUCCGUAACUGGUGCAAUGAACAACUUAAGGUUAGCGGUCGUAAGUUGGGAAAUCUUGUGACCGAUCUGUGUGACGGAGUAUGUCUGGUGGCACUGGUAGAGGCACUACAGCUACGAAAGAUCGGCAAAGUGUACACAAAACCAACGUCCAAAAUCCAGAUGCUUCAAAACGUGUCACUGGCGUUAAAAGCUAUCACAGAUGACAAUGUCAAACUGGUAAAUGUUGGGGGAGAUGACAUCGUCAAUGGCAACACAAAGAUUAUAUUUGGCUUAGUCUGGAGUCUUGUACAGCGUUAUCAGAUCUCGGGGAAAAAGAGCAAGGCCCCGCCCAAGAAGUUGAUGACAAUUUGGUUCCGGUCCCUCUUGCCUGACCUGGACAUUACCAACUUCACGACCGACUGGAAUGAUGGGAUUGCUUUGCAUGCUUUGAUUGACCAAAUCAAACCUGGGGUGUCCCCUGAGUGGCGUAAACUUCGUAGUGAGGACAGGGUAGAGAACUGUCGCAAAGCCAUGUUGAUAGCGAAGGAGCAGCUGAACGUGCCCAGAGUUAUCUCCCCUGAAGACUUUGCUAACUCCGCCCUUGACGAGCUGUCCAGUAUGACGUACCUGUCGUACUUUGUGAAACACGAGUCUCCCGGAUACUACCACACACUGAACUGGGCUUGCAAACAGCUGAGGACUACAAACAUAACUAACCUGACGACUGACUGGAAUGAUGGCUACUUCCUGUGUGCUAUAGUGGUCUCCCUUGGAGAAAAGAUUUCGGGCUGGCCAAAUCUUGACCGAACCAAGGCCCUGGAAAACUGCCAGAAAGGCAUAGAUGGUGGCAAAGAGUUGGGGAUAGAGCCAUUACUGAGUGCCAAAGAGAUGUCAGACCCGCUUGUGGACCACCUGUCAAUGAUGUCCUAUCUGUCAAAAUUUAGCAACGUACAGCCACGCAAGGGCAAGGCUGAGCGACUGCAGAUCAGGUUCAACUUUGACAACAUCAAGGUCGGAUCUCAGGCCGAGUUUCAAAUCAUCAAAGCAGAGGAGGGUGUUGUGGACAGUAAGGUUACACUGCACCUUGUUUGUGAGACAGGAAAUGUGCCAUGUGACGUCAAGUGGUCAGGAAAGAUCGCCACAUGUUCCUUCAUCCCCUCUGUGACGGGAGAUUACAAGUUGACCGUAUCUUACGAGGACACAGUUAUCAAGGGAUGUCCAAUUGAGUUCAUCACUAAAGGUGAUUCCCUGAAAGUGAGGCUGCUUACGUCAUCAACAAACAUGAAAAUGGGAGAGACAUAUGAUGUGAAGGUGGACAUAUCAGGCAGCGGUAGGGGAGAGGUUCUGAUGGAGUGUACGUCGCCUACUGGUGACCAGCGUUACCUGACCAGUGUCAAGGAUGGCAACGUAGUCAUGGCAACUGUACAGCCCAAAGAAGUGGGUGUGUGGGUUUUGCAUGUGUAUUUUGGCGAAGAAGAGGUCCAAGGAAGUCCGCUUCACUUGCGUGUGAACGAUCCACAGAAGGCGUGGUUGUCAGGGACAGAGGAGGGAUAUGUGGGGGAUCUUCUGAUGUUCAAAGUCAACUACAAGGCAGCAGGGGAAGGAGAGGUCAAGGUCACAGUGACUUGUAAUGAUGACAACAUCACGUAUGACACGUCACAAGACUCGUCAGACGCUCAUGUCCGUCAGAUCAUGUUCACUCCUGAGGUCAAGGGGUCGUAUGAGGUCAGGGCGUGGUUUAAUGACACAGAAAUAAGAGGUUCACCGGCCCGUGUUUCUGUACAGGACCCCAGUCAAGUGUCUGUGACAGGGGAGGGAAUUCUGCAUGGAACAAAGGGAGAGGACUCUAGCUUCAAAGUGAAUGCCAGUGGGGUGGGGGGCAAUGUAAAAGUGGAUGUAUCAGCGCCAGACGGAUCUCUCGCUGACUGUCAGUGGAGGCAGAUCACGCCAGAUGUGUACGAGUUCACGUAUAGACCAACCACCGCCGGCAUGUACAAGAUCAAUGUGUUGUGGAAUGGCCGUCCAUUGCCGGGCAGUCCGUUUCACCCUCACAUCACGGACCGUUCCAAGGUUGUAUUGAUGGAUGACCUUACCGACCUCAAAGAUGAGAAUGACCACCUGGCUCUGAACUGUAAUACGGAGACCGUGCUCAACUUUAACACAAAGGACGCUGGACCUGGUACGUUCAGUGCCGAGGUUCUCUCCCCUGAUGGUCGUCUGCCCGUCAACAUUCGGAAACCCGAACCAGGUCAUGUGCAGGUCGGGUUCACAGCAAAAGUUGAAGGCGACCACUACAUCCACUUGUAUUGGUCAUCAGUUCCGCUGGACAAGUCUCCCAUUUUAGCGUACUGUCCUGGCCCGGUACUUCCUGUGAAUCACGCACACGUAAAUGUGGUUGGGGAGGGCGCACAGCUGGCGCGGGCGACAGUGCCAGCAGAGUUCAUUGUGGACGGCAAGAAGGCAGGGCCAGGUAUUCCACGUGUUCGGAUGACAGGCGUGAAGACGGAUGUAGACGUGGAGAUGAGGGCGAUGAAGUAUGACAGAUACAAGUGUAAAUAUGCGGCACCAUAUCCAGGUGGUUACCUCUUGCAUGUUGAAUGGUCCGGUUUCCAUGUACCAGGGUCACCUUUCAAGGUGACGGUUACUAACAAAGGUCAUGGUGACAAGGUCAAGGUUGAAGGUCAAGGACUCAAGGGCGGAUUUGUGGGUCAACAGUUGCGGGCUGUUGUAGACACCACUGCUGCUGGCAACGGGGAGGUUACUGCAGACUGCUACGGUUUACGUCAUCACUCUCGCUGUGACCUCAUAGAUCAUCGUAACGGGAAGUACACGCUUUGCAUAUUUCCGACUGAGCCUUGUCGUCACAGUCUCGAGGUGAAAUACGACCAUGAACAUGUGCCAGGAAGUCCAUUUUCCAUCCCCGUGGGAGAGCCGCCAGACCCUCGGAAGGUGCAUGUGUAUGGCCCGGGGAUAGAGCCCGGGGUCAUCCAAACCUUCGAGAGCAAGUUCAUUGUGGAGACGUACGGUGCAGGGGCGGGACAACUCUCCGUCCGUGUUAGGGGACCUAGAAGUGCCUUCAAAGUCGAGAUGCGCCGUGACCGCGAGGAGGAACGCACGAUCGUGUGUCGGUACGACCCGGAGGAGGCGGGAGAGUACAUCGUGAACGUAAAGUGGUCUGGGGUGCAUGUGCCGGGCAGUCCGUUCACCGUUCCCGUGUUUGAGUCCAUUGAAGCACUGAGCAAAUACGCGCGCCAGACCAACCAGGUUGAGCUGAUCGCGGACUACGAGUGGAAGGACGAGUUUUAGACUGAGAAAUACGUGUACCUUAUCUUGUGCCCAUGGAUGGGAGUAAGACUGAGAAAAACUUCAAUGUGCGGUCAUUGCUCUGUGAAAAUGGGGCUUAAUGCAUGUGCAUAAAGUGUCAUCAUUCUGUGAGAACAGGGCUUAAUGCAUGUGUGUAAAGUAUCGUCCCAGAUUAGCCUGUGCAGCCCACAUAUGCUUAUCAGGGACAAUUAUUUCUGCUUUAAUGACAUUGUUCAUCGAAAGGAGGUCUCUUUUUUAACAAAAAUCAUGUUUUGACAAUUUGUUGUACCUGAUUAGCCUUUGCGUGUUGCAUAUCAAUGAAAUAUUGAUAUGUAUCAAUAAAUGUCUUCUUUAAGCAAGUUUUGAAUUGUCUGGCAACUAAAGCUAUAUAACUGAAUUGUAUAUGGUAAUAUUAAUUUCUAAAACUUGAAUUGCUCUGUACAUGAGGAACUUCUAUUGCUAUGGGGAUGUUAAUUACAUUUCCAUAGAAGACAGGGUCUUGAGGUCAUUAAGGGACUUUUCAAAUGGGAAUGACUAUUUUGUUUGACGUUUUAUAUGUUAUUCGGUACAUCAUGAACACUGCGUUUAAUGUUUGUAAAAUAUGUCAUUGUUGUUUUUUGUGUGUCUCAAAUAUAUUAAAUAUUGUUAUAAUAUUAUAAGUUAUUAGUUUUGUUGAAUCUGAUUCCAUUUUAGAAAAAAUGACGACUUUUUAGUUCAUUCAAAGUAAUAUGACCCACCUCCUAACAUUAUAUGUUGACAUGGCAUAACAAAUUAUAUCAGGCACUUUUAGAUCAGACAUAUAUCAAUGUUGUCGUAUGCUUCAGAUUUAUUAUUUUAAUUAAGUAUGGAUAUUCGGGCGUUAUAUAUUUAUCAUUCCUAUCACAGUACCAAUUUAGAAAAAAUACUUAUAGUUUGUUGUCAAAUAUACCAGAUCAGGACCUUUAGAUGCGUAAGGGUUAAAUCAUGAGUGCGAAGCACUGUACAUGCGUUGAUCGCUGUAUAAUUAUGUUCCAGUUAUAUCUUAUAUGUUCUGAUUUCAUGAAUGAGUUAUAGUCUAGUUCUAGUUUAUGUUUUGGCAUUUAUGAAGUUAAACAUUUCAGCGAAAACUCAAUUAAUCAAUUGUGUUUUUUGAAAUUAAUAUAUACGUAAUAUACAUAUUAACAUGUUUAACGCAUAGAAAUUUAUCAACCAAAGAACGACAUGUCCAGCCUACGUUCAUGAACCUCAAAUGAUAAUUCCGCUUAAAAGGGGUGAUGUAAUGUUUUAUAAAUCUCACUUUGUAAAACAUACUUAACAUUGUGUCCCAUAAAAUGAAUUGUGUUUUUAUGUUUGUCAGUUGUGUUUUUAUUUUUGUAUUUCUUUUGUUGUUUCAUGUUGGUAGAUUGUGUGGUUAUUUUAUACAGAAUUUGUAUCCAUAGUACAUGUAUAUUUGAAAAGUGCUAGUCAGAAAUGAUUGGUGUUCCAAAAUACUUUAUACAUAUCAAUGUACCCUUAUGUUUAAACCAUGGAUUAAAUAUAUGAUUUGAAGUGGAUUUGUGUUGUGAUAUAAAUAUAUAAAUAUAUAUACUACAAGCUA